AUGAUUUUCAACAGAUUUCAACAGAUUGAGAAAGACUGUGAAGAGCUGCCAGAUAUUCCUUUACCUAUGACAUUAAAGGAUACAGAUGCAUCUACAUGUACAGAUGAUGAAGACUGGACAUCAAAUCUUGAAAAUAAGGUGGAUGAAGACAAUAUCCUGAAAGACUUUGAGGAAAUGAUGCAGAAAAAAAGAGAAAGGCAGUUGUUUGCAGAGAGCACCUUCAUCGACUUCCCGACGAAAGAGGAUGUCAGAAAAAAUCUGUGUGUUGUUUACGAAUGUCAUGGAGGUCUUGCGAUAAAUCGACCGUUCAAAUAUGGUGACACAGUCAAGAGUGUAUAUAGCUGGAUUAUACAACAAAUGGAUCCAGAAAUUCUUCCCCCGGUGUUCCAUUUAGAGUGCUCAUCCCCAACCAGUUGCCAGAACAAAGGAUGCCCCCAUAUAUAUGAAUUGGGCAACAGCUAUAAAGUUAAGGUCGAGGAGUUGCCGGAUGUCUUAUACCUUCGUGAAGGGUGUUUUGCUGUAAAUGAUACCUUUACUGGUCUUGGGGAUGUCCUGAUUUAGCCAGUCAGCAGCAUUCAGGAAUUUUGUGGCGGCCUUCUUUGCUUUACUUUUUGUAAUCAUUAGUUUUUUAGUAUUGUAACUGGAGUUUUUUUCGGGGGCGGUAAUGUGGCCACUCCAAUUACACUACAUUUAUAUAUAUGUAAUACUGAAAUACUUUUUGUAUUCGUAAGUUUUUUUAGUAUU